AUGUCGAGCGCCGCAGCGAUCGUCGUUCCCGCCCUCAAGCGGCACACGAGCACCGUCAUUGUGGCCCACGGCCUUGGGGACAGCGGCGCAGGAUGGGCCUUCCUGGCUGAGGAGUUCCGGCGCAAAUCGAUGUUCCCCGAAACCAAGUUCGUCUUCCCUAAUGCCCCCAACAUCCCGAUUACUGUCAACAUGGGCAUGCGUAUGCCUGGCUGGUACGAUAUUGCGGACUUCGGCGACCUCGCCAAUCGAAGCGACGAUGAGGCGGGCGUUUUGAGGAGCCAGAAGGUCUUCCACACGUUAAUUGAGGACGAGAUCAAGAGCGGCAUACCCACUGAGAGAAUCGUGCUCGGAGGAUUCAGCCAGGGUGGUGCGAUGAGUCUGAUGGCUGGUAUCACCAACCCAACCAAGCUCGGUGGCAUCUUUGGGCUGUCGUGUUACCUGCUCUUGCAAGGCAAGAUCAAGGACCUGGUACCUGCCGACUCGCCGAACCAGAAGACGCCGAUUUUCAUGGGACAUGGUGAUGCAGAUCAAGUGGUGAAGUACCAGUGGGGAAUGAUGACGGCGGACAAGCUGAAAGAGUGGGGUUGGGACGUGGACUUCAGAACAUACAGAGGGCUACCACACUCGGCGGCGCCGCAGGAGAUUGAGGAUCUCGCACAGUACUUGCAGGCCCGGAUUCCUGAGCAGGGCGACAAGGGUAGUGGCAGCCUAUGA